CUUCCGCGUUAGAAACAGGGAUCACUUGGGGAAAGGUUCAAGGCAGUGCUCAUAACUCAUGCUUUGGGAAGACAGAGUAGCCCCCAUGCUGAGUAUCUGAUGAGAUGUAGGGUGCGCCUGUCCAAGUCGAACUGAAUUGAGACUUUCAGAAUUCUCUGUGCAAACUUGAAAGUGCCUCUGCUGGUUUUGCUACCACUUAAAUGUUUGGCAAGGUGACAGAUCCCUUCUGAAACACCAGUAGCCUUUUGUGGUGUGUUGAAUCUGACAAACAGGAACCUACGCAGGUGCACAACAUUCAAUUCUGGGACUAUUGACCUGCCUUUGUACUUGCUAAAGUUUCACUGAACGUGAUUGCCACAUGAGUUCCUCAAGGAUAAUGGACCCUAAGAUGAGAGAGGCUGAAGGAGAUGGAGAGGACAAUUCAGGAAAGAAAAAAUCAAAGUUCAAAUCUUUCAAGAAGUUUUUUGGCAAAAAGAAAAGGAAAGAGACGUCAUCUUCUGUAAGCAGCAGUCUGAAGUUGUGCCAGUCAACAAGUGAUGUCGCAGCCUCUCAUGACAUGCGCAUUAGUUAUGAUUCUGAAGAUGAACUUGAGACACAUAAAGGCAUUAUGGGAAGCAGAGCUUUGUCACAUGAUAGCAUUUUCAUCCUUGAGACUGGGCAAGAGCCUGCAAGGCCAGUAAGAGUGUUUUCUCAAGAAAACGUUUCUGAUCGGAUUAGAGCUUUACAGCUGAAACUCCAGCCUACCAUGAAAUUGGGGCCUCCGCCUCCAUUUGGGCUUCAUGCAAAGCGAACAGAGGACGCUGGGACCAGUUCUGAAGAUGAUGGAUUACCCAGGAGCCCUCCAGAAAUGUCUUUGCUCCAUGAAAGCUUAAACUCAGGCAUGAGAACAAGAUUCUCUGAUUCUCACAAGCACCUUAGCUCUUUGAGUUUAGCUGGAACAGGCAGUGAAGAAGAAGAACAGAUUACAUUAGGUUCUUCAUCUAGAUCUCGCUCUACAGAUGGUCAGCUGUUCACUAGGCACAGAAGUACCAACACUGAGUCUCCCCGGACAUCAUCUGACAGCACCAUCUCCCCGACAGCCAAUUUUGACACUCCACCUGAGCUUUCUGCUUUCCUGGAUAAUUCUGCUGCUAAACACAAGCUUUUAAUAAAACCCCGGAACCAGAGAUCCAGUAGAAUAAGAAAAUUUUCUCAGAAGACCCAGUCUGAAUCUCUGACUGAUUUGAGCUGUACCCCAGAGGAAGAAGAAGAGGAUGAUGCUGUAUUCAAGCCCAGCAAUCAAGAACUGCCAUGCAGCACAGCUGCAAUACAGAAUGUGGCUUCCUGGACAAAACCCAGAAUGCCUGAGGACCUCCCCCCUGCUUUGAGACCUGUGAUGACUCAGCCUGCUUCCGAGUCUGCUGUAGGACAGGAAACCCUGCUACCAGAGAAUAAGCCGGAGGACUGCCAACCAACACUGGAAAUGACAUGUGAGGAGUCUGAGCCCUCAUUUCUGUCAGAAGGCAAAGACUCUGCAACUUCUUUCUAUUCCAGUUCAGACAGAGAAGUACAAAAGCAAGAAGAUUCCUCAGAAACACUGGUUCUAUUGUCUGGGGAUGUGUCAAAUCAAGAAAAUAAGGAGCUUCCUACUGUGUUUCCAUUAAAUAAAUUACCUUCUGAAGAAAAUAUUUCAAUUAGUAAAAAUAGCAUUGUUUCCUUGGGAAGGUCAGAAGAAAAUAAACAGAAGGAUGAUCAAGUAUCUGUGGAAAUGCCCUGUAAUAAAGGGGCAAACAAAGAGUUUACGCUGUUGACAGAGUCCAGCAAGGAGUUUUUCAUGGAUUCUUCUCAGCCUACAGACUCAUUCCCUGUUUCACAUCCUGCUUCCUCAACGCAAAUGGGAUCAUCUACUUUCUGCUCUCUAGAGAAAAUAAAGACUGCACAGGAGGCAGCUGCUUCUGAUAAGGAGAACAGCCAGUCACUGGUCCACAAGGAGGAACAGUUGGGGAAGAAAGCUGAAAAGGCAGUCAAUGAACUCAAUGCCUUCAAAAAAUUUUCUGUUUCCUCUGCACGGGAGAGACCAAGCACCAGAAGCCUGUAUUUCCCAGAAAGAUCAGAGUUGGAAACCCCAUUAAAUACUGGAUUCUUCCUGUCCAAAGCAAAGGUCUCCUCAAGAAAUGAGAGGCAGCAAGACAACUUCCAGAAGGGAUUAGAAAUGGAUGAGGAAAAAAGUGGUAGCAAAAAGGAGACUUUGCUGCCAGAGUCCUACUCUGACAACACAGGCAAACCCACAGAAAUUUUGGCCAGUUAUGUUUCCCCAGCUGUUGAUGCAGUACCAAUGCCAAGCAGUUCUUCAGUGGUAUCUCAGAAUCAGCCAAGUUGUAAAGAUAAAAGUCCUUUUCAAGUGAAACUUAGAUCCACCUCACUGUCCUUGAACUAUGGAGACAACUCACCACCAGAAUCAAAAGGGAUUAAAAGAUACAGUGCAGAAUUUAAUUUAGAAAAUGAGGGAUUGACUUCCUUUCUAAGAGGUGAUAAGGCAGAGAUCAGAAAAAGAGCCAAUACAAAUACUGGUGAUUCUUUAAAUGAAAAGAUCAAGCCCAAAGCAAAGUCCUCUGAACAGCUUAGUAGCAAACCUCCAUUGCCUAAAAAGCCAGUGUUGCAAAGCAUAACCAUUCCGAACACUACUGCAAGCAAGGAGAAGCAGGACAAAGCUAUUCACUCUCCUGAAUCCAGAAAUGAAGACAGAGACUUGGAGAAACAGUCAACUGCUUGUAAAGUGCCUGAGAAAAGCGUGCCUUCCCUCGUGGCUGCUGAAGACUCUGGAAGAGAUCCCGACACUCCUACAGAGCCAGUCUGGAUUUCCAUUGCAAGGCAAAAGCAGAGGGGCAUGCAUCAGGAGAAGGAACUCGACAGAGAAAAGCUUGUGGCUCCAGAUAACAAGUCAAAUACAGAGAAAGAGAAUAAAGGAAAUGAACAGACAGAGGGGCCAGUGAAGCAACAAUGGAGCAAACCUUCACACUCGGCACCUAAAAACACUUCUGAAGAGCAGAGGAAAGACACCAAGCCUGAAGCGAAGUCCCUGCUGAGAACUAACUCAUUGUCACAUGUAGCUCCAUCACCUGCACUGGUGGAUAAGGAGGAAAUAAGCCACUUGAAGAAAACCAGUAAUGCUGCUCCAGAUCAGCCAUCGUGGAUGGAGCUGGCCAAAAAGAAGUCUCAAGCUUGGAGUGAUAUGCCACAGAUUAUAAAAUAGAAUGAUGCAAACAAGUAGCAUCUUUCAUAAUUAAGUCACCUACUUAACUGAACUCCUACAGACCAGCUAAUCACAGUGAAGAAUCUCUUGAUACAGAAGGGUUUUAUUAUACAGCUGUGGAGAAAGCGUGCAAUAGGUGCAGUCAAAAAGUUUACCUUCAGUUUUGUAGCAAUCAGAAUUGCAAUGGCAAUGGAUUACUUAAAUUAUGCUAAGGACAUACUUACACUUUGGAAAAUAAAACUUUUGCCUUAUGUAUUUCCUGCAUUUUCUGCUUUUAAUGAUGUUUGUAUCCAAACAGGAUCUUUGCUAAACUUUGCUGAACUUCUGUUGUUGCUGGAAAUUUCUAUUUGUUGUGGUUUUCUCUGUUUACAGUUAUAAAUUGUGCUCUUACAUCCUGAUUCUCGUGAUGUGUUUCACUGGAAUCAUGUGACACUUUCUACCAAAGCUGUUCAGCCUGUGGAGGUAUUCCUGAACAGCUGCUAGUGAGUGCUCCAUUAAAAUGUGUUGCUUGAGCUGCAGGUUUGCCUAGAUAAGCCAGUGGUACAGUUUCUGGGUUUAGGUUACAUUUCAGGGGGCACAAAUGUGCACAUUUAUGUGUGACUAUGAAAAAAAUUCCUCAGUUCUUUCUGUGAGCAACCUUGGUUGCACAGUGCUUUCAAGCAGGCAAGCAGUAAGGAAAUGGAACUGCAGUUGGAAGCUCAUCAAUGCAUUCACAGUUGCCUUCCUAUCUGGAUUCAUCUGGAUGCAACUGGCUUUCCUUCCUGUGAAACCUCAUGCCCAGUCAGGAGGAUGGUAUUAGUAACAGUGGUCAAUAUGAAUUUAAUUAAAAAUUAAGAACUGAAAAUCCCGCAGCUAAAGUUCAAACUGAAAUGCUGGGGAAAACUGAAUUUCAUCACAGCACCAGCUUCACAUAUCCCCCCCACAUAAUCUUAAUUCCUCUCAUUAAAAACCAGUAACAUACAGAUAAGUGUCUGUACUUGACUACCUUUAUAUAACAUCCUCGUGCUCAUUGGCCUGAAUCUCCCCCACCAGUCUGUGACUCCCACUCAUGAAGUCUCCUACGCUCUUCACCUUUGCUGGUUUAGCAAGAUUGACAAGAUAAAUCAUUUGCUGCUGAUUGACUGAAACUACUCUGAACAUAUUUUAUGACCUCCCUGUGAGUUACAGAAGCAAAGGACAAACCUUGUGAUGCCCCACUGCUAAGACAAGCAUUUAAUUUUGUUUAUGCAUGGGUGAAGUACUACCUUAGCACUGCAAUCCCUAGAUUUAUUUAUGCUUCUAUUAGUGGUUUUUGUUUUUAUUAUCACAUUAGGUUCUUUUUGGAAAAAUGUGGGAAGACUUUAGGAAACGUAGGAUUUUCUAGCACCUGCAUUUGCAAUUUUGAAAUCUUGUCUUCUCUACAGAGAUGAGAAGGAAAACCUGAGCUCUUGGUAAUGAAAACUGCAUUGAGUAAUGAAUAAAGAAAUACAGAAUUGAGCACGUGAAUAUCCAAGAUGUUGUUGAAGGUUUUCAGUCAGGUUGUGUUCAGUUGUUAAAACCGGAGGAGGAAAAGCUAGUUUUCUGUUUGUCAGAGCCAGUGAGCCUGCAUGGCUGUCAGGGUCAGCCUGCACGGCUGCUGGGGUCCUGAAUGGGGCCAUGCACAGACCUGCUGCAGCCCAUCACAGAGCUGUCAGUAGCCCUGACCCAAACAGGGUUCUGCCAGCUGUCCCAGCAUUUUCUCCUUCCUGCAGAUGGCCAAAGGUAGUGUGAGAUACCUGCUGAAAUCACAAGUGGCAAGACAGCUCUCUGUCAAACAGAUCCACACCAGAAAUGGUAACUUAAUUACAGGACAUGCAACCUUGGGCUCAACUGCCCAAAGGCUGGUUGUGCAAAAAACUUCCACACUUCUCCCCCGUGAGUAAGCAUGCACAGUCCUUAAUCUCAAGUGGUAUUUUUUCUUUUUUGAUAUUAAUAUUCUAGGACCUACAGCAGAAAUAGGUAGAUUUUUGAGAUACAAUAGAAAACAUCUUAACUCCCUUUCUUUUCAAAAUAUCCUUUCUAAAAUAAAUAACUAAUUAACAUAAAGUGUAAUGUUAAGAUAUGCUAUUACCUUUUGUAGCAAUCUUGAAAAAAAACCCCAGUUUCUCUAUUUAAGGAAUAUAACAUAUAAAAAAAGACCAAAUGUGUACCCUUUAAUUAUUGCCGCUCCAUGGAAAGGUUUUCUGGAAAUGCAGUUAGAGGUAUAUUCUGUCUUUUUACAAUUCCCCCCCUGUUUAAAACAAUUAAAACUGCAAGAACUUUUGCAAUCAGUGGUCUUCUUCAUAUUGUCCCACCCCUGAAAUGGCCCUGGCCUUUGUGCAAGAGAUGCCACUUGGCCACUUGAACCUCUGAUAUGACAGCCAGGGAAAUUUUUAUUUUCUCACAGUGUUGUUCUGUCUCCAGAUUUCUAAGACAAAGGGUCACGCAAGUAGGGCUUGCUGUAGGUGUCCUGCAGCAGACAGGCAGAAAAUAGUUUUAGAACUCAGGUAUUUUUCUGUGGUGAAGUGGCUCAUUUGUGGAACUAGAAAGAUGCAAAUAAAAAUGUAGUUCUCUCCUCUGUAUGAACAGUGAGUUAUGUUUCACAUGCGAUGCCACCAGAAAAGCCUUUCAGAUCUGAUCAGCUUUCCUGAGGACAUCAUUAUACUUUUCCAGCUGAGAGGCAAUAUGACUAACUCAGGCUGAUCCAUUUUGCUCAGGCAGCUGCAACAUAUAUUGCUAGAAUGUAACAUCUAACAGGGAAAUAAAAUGUAAAAAUUCACCUUUUGUUCAUGACUCAUGCACAUAAACUAACAGAGUUGGUAUUACAGUCAAAGAACAACAACAAAAUGGACUUGAAAAAUAGAAGUUUCCUCUUCCAGAAAUACUGCAUGAGACAUCUUUGGCUUUCUGUUUAAUGAGCAAGGUGUCUUCCCAGCAGUGAAGGGCCUCACAUAAUGCAAAUGAAAUCAUCUAUCAGGCAUCUUUCAACACAAAACCCCUAAAUUUGAUUAUUUAUGCAGUUUAAUAGUUGAUUUAGCCUAAUCAGCUACCUCCCAAUGUUUAGUAAUUUUAUGUAAAAAAAAAAAAGCAACUAAAUUAUUUUAAAUGGAUAGUGAAGUGCAAUUUUUAACGCCAAAAUAUCCCUUCAGUCUUUACUUUGAUAUGGUGUUUUGUAUUGUGCUGCCUUUGACAAUAAAAACUGUUGCAUUUUUUAUCAAGAUGAAGAGGAACAUAAAAUCUUGUUGCCAGUGAAAAAAUUCAGCAGCAAAGUAGCAAGCAGCUUGCUGUGAUUUUGCAAUGUUAUUAAUUCUGUCUUGGUCUCAAGGAGCACAAUAAACUUGCCAAAAUGUUUGCUUUGUA